AUGGAACACCACUGCCACAGCGCUCAUAGUUCUACAAUCGCCUACAAAAUAAACUUCACCCUCGGACACUCCGCUAUAAUUCUCACCCAAUAUUACUUCACGGAAUUUCUGAUGGAAGUGGAUUUCGGUUGGCUCCUCUCGCUGAUGCUUCAGUCACUUAAGCCUACAACACUUAAACUCCCGCUUGCCUUCCCACGCUUCCUGAAACAACUAAGCAUACACACGAGAUCCCUCUCCCAAAGCUCCUUUCUCCCAAUACCAAUAGAAUUGCUGUUACAUACAAAGACACUUGUGCUCUUUGCAGGCUCCAAGGCGCCUAUUAGCGGUGUUUCUCCCACUCUGUUAGGUAGUAGGAUAAUGCGUCUCGUACCGAGCGUCACGUCGAGAUCCAUCUGCGGUCUUCUGUUGCUCCUCGUCCUGGAGGUAGAUACGCUUCGUGACCCGGCGGUGCUGGCGCCCAGCGUGGUGGUGCGGAUGAAUGUUUCGGCAAGUGUGCGUUCGACCAUCUCGUCUAAUGUUGGAAAGUCAUGCGUCUUUCAUUGUGAGCUUUUGGUUGUCGGCCCAUGCCGCCUGUAUCCGCGUUAUUCGGCCUCCUGGUCCUCUUUCAACAUGAUUGUAUACCGCUAA